UGGAGAGCGUCGUCGCGUCCGGUGACGUCUUCCGAGGACGUCGGGAUAGUAGGCAGCGUCGGCUGCCGUGUCGGAGGCGUCCGCUGGAAAAUGGCGGAAUACUUGGCCUCCAUCUUCGGCACCGAGAAAGACAAAGUCAACUGUUCAUUUUAUUUCAAAAUUGGAGCAUGUCGUCAUGGAGACAGAUGUUCUCGGUUGCACAAUAAACCGACCUUUAGCCAGACCAUUGCCCUCUUGAACAUUUACCGUAACCCUCAAAACUCUUCCCAGUCUGCUGACGGUUUGCGCUGUGCUGUGAGCGACGUGGAGAUGCAGGAGCACUAUGAUGAGUUCUUUGAGGAAGUCUUCACUGAGAUGGAAGAAAAGUACGGAGAGGUUGAGGAGAUGAACGUCUGUGAUAACCUAGGAGACCACCUGGUGGGGAACGUGUAUGUCAAGUUUCGACGUGAGGAGGAUGCAGAGAAAGCUGUGAUCGACUUAAAUAACCGUUGGUUUAAUGGGCAGCCAAUCCAUGCAGAGCUGUCCCCAGUAACUGACUUCAGGGAAGCCUGCUGCCGCCAGUAUGAAAUGGGAGAGUGCACAAGAGGGGGCUUUUGCAACUUCAUGCAUCUGAAACCAAUCUCAAGAGAGCUGCGACGGGAGCUGUAUGGGCGCCGGCGUAAGAAGCAUAGAUCCAGGUCCCGAUCCCGGGAACGGCGUUCUCGAUCCAGAGACCGUGGGCGUGGUGGCGGCGGAGGAGGUGGAGGUGGUGGAGGACGAGAGCGUGACAGGAGGCGGUCGAGAGACCGAGAGAGAUCUGGGCGAUUCUGAGCCGAGCUGUUUUUAUCGUGUGUCUGCUAGACAGUGUUGUAGUUGGUUGACAAGCCAGUUCAUAAUGGGAUUUUUUUUUUAAAAAACAACAAAAAAAAACAAAGAUGGGUUUCUGAAUAAAAUUUGUAGUGAUACAGUA